CGGAUAGUUAAGACAGAGAGAUAUCAGACCUACAAGUCCAUAGGGCAUUUAUCUUGAUGCAUUCACCGGUCCACUUGUAAUCUUCAUGACGAGUGGCGACUUUAAUUUCUGUGCAGAAUUAAGCCUAGAGUUUGGGAAAUUAAGAUGUUAAUAAAGCCUCCUGCUGUACUCGCCAUCGCCGCGCUUCUCCUGAUAAUUGCUUGUACGAGUAAAAGCGCCUAUAAAGAAGAGUGGCUCCAAAAGAAAAAAGUCGAGGGCCUUACAGAGAACGAUGGUUUUGGGCCUAUGGUCCAUCCUUGUUUCAACACCACUAAGAAUCACACGGUCACCACUCCAGAAGGUGAAAAAGUCCUCUGUUUGGUACCCUCUGAAGAUGACCUAAUGAAGGACAUUCAAGCAUUGGGCGGAUUCAACAGGCGCUAUACAGCUGCCACCAAAGAACAAGUAGACAUGUACUUUGAGGAUCCUUUUAAAACUGACCCAAAGCCGAUCAAGUGGGAAAGCAAAUUCACUGGAAAACGCCGCCGUUCCAUACAUGAAAACGAAGAACGCUUUUCCAGCGACGAAACGAAUGAACAAACUAAGAGGAGCGGGAACGUGGGCGUCCAGAAAUGCGCAAAAAGAUCCACCUUAACACCCAACAACUUCGUCCAACUCUGCGAUGAAUGUUGGCAUAUUACACAGCUGCCGUCGAAUAAGUUCCCACGGUUCAUCAACGAAAAAAUUUGCGGCACGUCUGGCGCAACCCUGACUGAAAAGUGUGCCAGUGCCGUGAUUGGUCUUUGUGUUCAGAAAGAGAUUAUCCAAGAUCUCCUUAUCCAUACCAACCAGUAUGAACAGAUUCCAUCGCCUGAUCCUCAGUACAAUGUGGUCUACAAGCAGGUCUGGAGGCCAUUCAGUCAAAAAAUCAGAAGCUGUUGCCAGUGUGAAUCAUUUCCGUAAUCGUAAUCUGCAGGCGCAACUGGGGAGGGGGACAGUUAAGAGAAGUUAUAAUUGGGAGAUAUUUAAAAACCAUCAUUAGUAUUAUUUUUGUCCGGAUUAAAUUUGCGCUUCGGAUGUACAUCCUGUUGCAUGAAACUUUAAAGUUGCGUUGGGUAUUUAUUUUCUUUUUGUAUACAUGAUAUAAGAUAGCGUCCCCACUUUUACUGUUGUUAACUUGCAAUAAAUCUUUUGA